UUGGUUGUACCUUUUUACACAACUCUGCGCAGUCUGCACGUGUGGGUUUCCCGUUUCACAAAGCGUCUAUCUUAUUCUCGUCUGCUGCCGGUACACUUCGUGUGAAGGUCUUAACCUUAGUAGUUCCAUUAUUCAGUAUACUUGCCACUAAAAAAACACGUGUUUUUAAAAUGACUAAAGAAACUUCAAUAAAAAUGGAAACAAAUGAAGAUUUAAACGAAACCGUUGAUAUCAAAGAGGAAGGUGAAGAGAGUUAUGAAGAAAAAAUAAAAAAUUGUAAUUCAAUAGCUACACCACUCAUGCCAAAGAAACUCGCUAAAAAAGUCUACAAGUUGAUCAAAAAUGCCUACAAAACAAAAAAUUGUGUUCGUGCUGGAUUAAAAGAUGUGCAAAAGCAUAUCCGUAAAGGGGAGACUGGAAUUGUCAUCUUUGCUGGGGAUGUGUUCCCAAUUGAUAUCAUGUGUCAUCUACCGGUAGUGUGCGAAGAUAAAAAUAUUCCUUAUGCUUUCUCCCCAUCGCGAUAUGAUAUUGGUGAAUGUUUAGGCGUGAAACGAGGUUCAUUAAUGGUACUCAUAAAAGAAGAUCCUUCAUAUGAAGAUUCAUACAAAAAGAUCAAAAGUAGUUUAGAAGCACUGGCCAGAGAGAGCCUCCAAAAGUAAAAGUAAUAAUUGAGUUAAUCUUAAGGUUUACAUGAGUAAAAUGUAGAGACAUGAAGGAAGAAGAGUAUUUUUAUAAAAUGAUUGAGUUGUAAUUUAAAAACUAUAAUUAAACAAUUUUUACAAAUCAAA